UCUUCAUCUCUCUGUUGGCCAUUGCUUUGACCUUCACGAACACCUUAAAAAGCUGUGGCCGUCAUACAGGGAACCCUCUUCAACUUAUUCUGUAGUUUGUAGCCAACAACAACAUCUAAUCAUGGCCUCUCUCAGACAUGAAUUCUAUGAGACUGAUGAGAAACUCACCCUCACCGUUUUCGAUAAGGGCGCCGAUGUGACCCAAGUCAAUGUUCAUUUUGAGCCCAGAGGGCUCGUGUACGAGAAUGGUCCAGAGAAGAAGCUUGAGUUCAGGCCGUUGAAGGGCCAAAUCGACACGGAGAAGAGUAACUUCGCUGUUGGCAAGGUCAAAGUCGAGAUCCGACUCUUCAAGGUUGCCCAAGGACGGUGGGGCACUCUUGUCGGCGACUCUCCAGAUCCCCUAUCCACCUUCCCCCAAGCUUCCUCCUCUUCAUCACCACCACCGCCACACGUCCCAACCCUCCCCCAAGCGCGCAAAAACUGGGAUCAAUUAACAAACACGAUCCUCGAGUCGGCCAAGAAAGAGGACAGGACGUCGAACGAUGACCCAAAUGUCGGUGGGGACAGCACCGUGAACGAGUUCUUCCAGGGCAUUUUCGCAAACGCGGACGAGGACACGAAGAGAGCGAUGAUGAAGAGUUAUCAGGAGAGUGGAGGAACGGCGUUGAGCACGAAUUGGACGGAGGUCGGGAAGGGGAAGGUGGAGGUUAAGCCGCCGAGUGGGAGUGUGGCGAAGAAGUGGGAGCAGUGAGUUUGUUGAGAUGCGGUAUGGUGAGAGAAGGGGUGGCUAUGUGUGGCGAAAGAAGAAACGAUCUUCGACUGGUGUCGAACAAAAGUGCAGUUUUCAUCAAUGUUGUAUGUCUUGCUCUGUCGUGCUUUCAUAUACUGUGGCGUCGAGUGACUUCGAGGCUGCCAUCGAAUAAAUUUUGGUAAAAUGUGUAGGGAGCGGAGCACUCCACUGUAUAGGCU